UUUUCUAUUUCCUACUUAUUUUUGCUUUGCUUUUGACAUUGUUUUCUCCCAUUGCUAAAGCUUGGAGUUCAAAAUCAAGGGUAAAAUUGUACUGUGUUUGGUGUUAGAUUUUAGUGGUAAAAUUCAUAAAAAAAGAAGAAGAGAACAUAUGGGUGAGGUUUUGAUGAGCAGCGAUGAAGUGAAAACAGAGAGCGAAAUCGAUAGAGAAAAUGGGGAAUUUGAAGGGAAUAAGAGAAGGAAGAAGAUGAGUGGUGGGAGUUUUGUUUCUGUUGAAGCUGUGAAUUGGGAAAGCUUUUUACCAACAAUGGCGUUAAGGGUUUUAUUGGUUGAAGCUGAUGAUUCAACUAGACAGAUUGUUACUGCUCUUCUUAGGAAGUGCAAUUACAGAGUUUCUGCUGUUUCUGAUGGCUUGCAGGCAUGGGAGAUGCUAAAAGCAAAACCCCAUAACAUUGAUCUCAUUUUGACUGAAGUGGAUUUGCCAUCUAUAUCGGGAUUCGCUCUUCUCACGUUGAUUAUGGAACACAAGAUUUGUAAAAGCAUCCCUGUUAUAAUGAUGUCCUCACAACAUUCGAUUAGCACGGUAUACAAAUGCAUGUUGAGAGGGGCUGCUGACUAUCUUGUUAAGCCAUUAAGAAGAAAUGAGCUGAGAAAUUUAUGGCAGCAUGUAUGGAGAAGACAAUCAUUGAUAGCCAGUGGAAACACCCCUCAGGACGAGAGCGUUGGGCAGAAAAAGAUUGAAGCUAUAUCUGACAAUAAUGCUGCAAGCAAUCGUUCGAGUGGUUGUUUGGUUGGUGGUGAAAGAAAUAAGGAACAAACCGAGAAAGGGAGUGAAGCUCAGAGCACAUGUACAAAGCCAGACGUGGAAGCUGAGGAUGCAAACAUGGAAAAUAUGCAGGAAUUUUUGCUCUUGCCGAGUAAUUCUCAGAAGCACGAAGUUCAGAUGGAUUUCAAUCAGAGACUGCUCGUGCAUGAGAAGGAAACUGGGGUUGAUGGUGCUUGCAAGGAUACCAAGAUCUCGGUUGAGGCCGGUGAUGCCGUUGGUGAUUCACCAAGAAAAGCUAUUGAUUUCAUGGGAACAUUCGAUAGAAAUUGCAAUUCUUCUUCGAUGAAUAGCACAAGUAAGGUUGGAUCUUCGACACACUUGGAUUUUUCGUUGGGACGAUGUUCUCCUAAUGCAUUCGAGAAUCAUGCUACUCGAGAAAAGCCUACCCUUUGGCAUCCUAAUUCAUCAGCCUUUACAAGGUACUCUAGCAGGCCAUCACAGCCCCUGCAGUCAACGCUGACAAGUGUGAGUGAUCAAAAGAAAGAGUCCGGAACUGAUUCUGAGAAGAUGUUGCCCAAUAGUAUUGACGAGUAUAACUCUGACACUCCUAGUCCGAAACUAACUCCUCAGAGAAACACGAACCCUUUGACUACCGGAUCUACUGGUCAAUUGAGGCAAACUGAAGUAGCGGCAUCAUGCACACAACAGGUAGUAUUGCCUGUUCUAGUACCAAGUCCGAGUUUAGCCAACCAAAAGGAACUUGCCUGUUGUGUGAACCCAUUUCACCAUCCCAGUUUCGAAAGCAACUCAUCUGGACAGUUUUACGAUCGACUUGCCUCUAACACAAACCAGUUAACCAACCAACCUUUGCAGAAGUUGGACCAAAAGAUGAAUUCAACCGAGGAUAGAGGACACAUUUCCCCUACCACCGACCAGAGUGCAACCAGCAGUUUCUGUAACGGCUCCUUAAGUCAACUUAAUGGUAUUGCAUAUGGAAGCACUGCUGCAAGUAAUAACAGCAAUAUCGACCAGGAAGCUGUUGUCCGAGCUUCUGCAGACAGUAAGAACGACGACGUUUUCCCCAGUCCUACUGGAAAUUCACAUCGUUCUAUCCAAAGAGAGGCAGCUCUAACGAAGUUCCGCUUGAAGCGGAAAGAUAGAUGCUUUGAGAAAAAGGUCCGUUACGAGAGCCGAAAGAAACUCGCUGAACAGCGUCCAAGGGUUAAGGGUCAGUUUGUUCGUCAACCACAAGCUGAUCUGUCCCAUUACGGCAAUUCAUCCGAUGAGUAGCUACGAGUUUUUUAAACCGAGGAGAUGCCAUUGUACAUAUCUAUAGCUUAGUAAGUAUACUAUUUGGUUAUCUAAAAGAGGUUGCUAUAUAUACUUAUUGUAACAUAAUAUUUUGAGCUUGUUUUCGCAUUAGGGGAUUGAUUGCCUUUGGUCAUUCUUUAUUGGUUUACCUGGUAGAUUUGUAACUAGAAAGAUUUACUUAGGGCUUUUAACUCGGUUUUAUACAUUCAUCUUAAAGAGGUAAUAGGUAACGUAGAAAUCCGAGUUUAAAUCUCAAUAUCUGCAAAAUUUUUUUCUCGAACGGCAUCUUUUGUUAGAAAAACCCGACAUUAACAUUGAUAAAUUUUAGAAAUAGGCCAUCUCUGUUUGUAGAUUUCAUACCA